ACAUAACCAGGACCCCGGAACUUGUCGCCGCCCGGUCUCGGAAGUCUGCCGAGAGCCCUGUCCUGAUGUGACUAAGUGUGACAGCUCGCCGCGUCUUUUACACCACCAUGUCCGACGAUGAAAUGAACAUUGACGAGGUCGCUGCGGGGGGAGCCGUUAGGAGGAGAGGUCGUGGCUUCCAAAACACGGGCGGCAACGAGGGCACGGUGACUGCUGAACCCACAUAUGACCGGGUCGAAUCCAAAGAUUCCGAUACCAGGGCCGCGCGUUCGGUUGAAGGCUGGAUUGUUCUAGUGACAAAUGUUCACGAGGAAGCGACUGAAGAGGACGUCACCGACAAGUUCGCAGAAUUCGGAGAGAUUAAAAACCUGCACCUUAACCUAGAUAGGCGGACAGGGUAUGUCAAGGGGUAUGCAUUGGUGGAAUACGAGACGAUGGCUGAGGCGCAGGCGGCUAUCGAUGGUGCAUCUGGUACCACCCUGCUGGAGCAGACAAUACAGUGUGACUUCGCAUUCGUUCGACCACCACCGUCCGGUCCGAAAAAAGGCAGAGGCCCUCGUGGACGCAGCGCAAGUCCAAACAGAAGGCGAUGACCACGUAUCUUUGUAGCAUCUUAUAUUUCCUCGCCUUGUACACCAAUAUAUUACUUGUUACUCAACUGCUACAUUUCGGAACGUUUUCUGUCUGUAGCCUAUCACUGUCAGUGAUGCGACCCGUCGUGACAUUAC